GUUCAAGCUUUUACUAGUUAUUCAGGAGAGGUCAGCUCUCCAGUCACAUACAACAAAACACCAGGUUAGGGUGGAGAUAUAUACUCUAUCUUGUCUUAAACUGUAAACAGAACCCUGUGCAACUAGCUGCAUGUACCUUAAAAAAUAUAAUGUUAAACUAUUGUUUGAUGAUCAAUAUUCUGAGUUUUGUAAUUGAUUUGAUCAUUGCACUUGCUCCAGGAGAUGUGGCAGAACAUACUGGAGUGGACACUGGAUCACUGUAUGGUGGAGUUUUUGCUGGGAUAAUAAUCUUGGCUUUUGCGAUCAUCAUUAUUACUUUAAUUAUAAGGUAAGAUGUCCAGUUUAUACUUCCAUUUAAUUGUAGAAACAACAAGUAUUUAGAUGUGGCUAGGGGCAGAGAUUCAAUUGGGUAAUAGUCCAUUUUACAGUUGCGUGCUUAGUUGCCAAGCCCUUGAAUAGGAGUGAGGUUAAGGGUGACUUUGUUAUGAUCCAAAUGUUGCUGCUUUUCAAUUGUAAAUUACUUUGCUAUCACACUAACUAGAUACUGGUCUCUAUCACAACAUGGUCACCUUCAACUUCACUCCAAAUCAAGGGCUUGGCAACUUAGUACAUGCACGACUGUAAAAUGGCCUAUUGCCACUUUUCUCCACUACAUUUGAAUUUCCCACAAUGUAACAAGAUUUCAGAUUUCUGGAAGUAGGCAUCUUUAGUUCAAGAGAACUGAGAGGUGCUUCGAAUUUUGUGGUGUUAGUGUGUAGUUUUAACUUGUUUGUGAUUGUAUGCCAGUUCUGAAACCAUGGAUGGGGGAAAAAUUUUAGAUUCUUAUCAGAGUUCAUUGAAUUUAAUCAACAGAAAACACAGAAGACGAAGAGAUUCCACAGAACUCAAGAACAAUCGUUAUGCUGUGGCUAACUCUAAUGACAGUGGGAUAGGAGAUAAGGACUCUCUUGACCGUGUGCCUGGGAUCAAGUAUCUUCAAGGGCGACGUGGAUCAGAAGGUUCGGAAUCAUGGGUUUAGUUAGUAUGGAAAGCUUCUUGAUUUGUAUUUUGUACAAUGCAUGCUACAGAUCUUCAAUCAAGGAUUGUCCCACCAUUUGGGAUAACUUAAUGGAAGAUUUAUCUGCUGCAAUAAGGUGAUCAAUGGAUUGCUCUUGGUUUAGAGCUUUUUAUUUCAGCAGAUGAAGUCAUUAGCAGUAAGCACUUUAAUAGGAUUUUUAGGAGAAAUUGCCCCCAAAAACCUGGAAAAAAACGCCAUUGUGUGCUGAACGUAGAUAUUAAGGCAACCAAUAACAUAAAAUAGACAAUAAUUGGAAAUUGCUUUAAGGUGCCUUGGUCCUAACUUAAAGUGUUAAAUUGAUUGUAGUAUAUGAAAUAUAAAUUGAAUACAUCUUAAUUCUGUAAGAUGAAAUUCAAUUUUCCAAAACUAUUGUUUAUUACAAUGAAAGUAUACGUGUUUGUAUAAUUUGAAAUUGAUAAACUUCUCUUUGUCAUAGCUGUUAUACAUUAUAAAACAGCUACUACUGUAUGUCUUUAAAAUGAUGUAAUCUUUUUCUGCCAGCUAAAAAAAAUUCAUAAUUUGUAAAUACAAUGAGAAUUGCGGUUAAAGCUUUUUACAAGUGAAGAGUUUUGGAAAUAAUUGCUUUAACAAAAGAAACAUGAUAUUUUAAAAACCCUUAUGCUAAGUAAUGUUAAUUACAAUACUGGUCAACGUAGUUCAGGUGUAAAGAUUUAGUAUAGAACUAAUGGAGCAAUAGAAAAUGUAAAAUUUGGAGAACCCAGCUUCAAAUUCACUAGGGUUAAAAAUUGGCUGCAAUUAACACCUGACUAAUAACAAAGGUGUGACCAUGACAUGGUGCCAGUAGGGAAGUUUGAAAUACUAGAGUUGGUGGUGAAGCCGAGAGAUUCUACUCUUAACUCUUUAGACUUCAACAUCAGUAUUGGUAUUCUCCAAACUGUGCUCUUAAAAUUUUCUGUGAUACUGACAAGGAGAAUUUGUUUGGAAAUUGAGAACCUCUCAAAUUGGAGAUCAUUUUCUCUUGGGGAUUGAUGGGUUUAAGGUUUCCUCAGGAAAAUUUUGUGACAGCCACUGGAUUGGUUGAAAGGUCAAACCUUUGUUAAUAGCAAUCAUAAUUGAUAAAACAGUUCCAUUGUAGAACAGUGGAACAUUGGAACAGGUGUCUGGUGGACAAUAAAAUGAUAAAUAUUGAGGGAAAGGUCAUAAAUUAUGUUUAUAUUAUGAACUUGUAAAAAUAUUGUGGAGCAGUUGAACGGUUCCUCAUGAGAUUGAAUUUUAUCUUAAAAUUUCAAUUCAUUUUCAGUUCAACUAAGGUUGCACUUGUAUAACUUUCUAUUUUACUUUUUCAUGCUUAAAUAUUAAAUUAAAUGUUAACUUUUUUAAAUUUUUAUUUUAUUUUAUUAAAUUUUCAGUUUUUGGCCUUUGAUUGUAUUUUAAUGGUUUUAAUGGCAGAUGCUACACAUUGUUGUUAAUUUUCUUGCAGCAUGUGACAUGCCUAUUACACUAACCACACUAAACUAACAUGCAUAAUUAACCUUACAAUAAAUGCCUAAUCAUUUUUUCCCACUUUUUUGUGCUAAUAUUCAUGUAAUUAUAACAGUUUUGAAUCAUGCUAACACCUCACUAUCAUCUGAAAUCUAGAAGAUUUUUUGAAUUUGGGAGUUUUUUUUCUUAAUUAAUGUUUGAAGGAAGACUUCAAUAAAAAGAAUAAACGAUUCACUUCAAUAUGAGGAAUAUAAGAAUAUAUUGAUAAAUAUUGUAAAUAAUUAAAUUUUUAAAUUAUCAAAUUAUCGUAUAAUUAUCAAAUGCAAUAAUUUUCCUGAACACUGUAGAAUUUGAUUUUAGAGUGAAUUAUCCCACUCAUGAAUAAAAUGCUGUGGUGCAAUAAAAGUAUUCUUAAAUGAGGCUCCUUGAUAUUGCAAACAACAGGAAUUGAACUGCUUUAAAUAAUGAAUAAAUUUGCACUUUAUUAAACAAAUUUUAUUAUCAAUCAUUGUCUUGUUUGAAUGAACCACAAGAAACCUUUUAUUUUCAUUUAUUCAUUGCAGUAAGUUAUGGAAUGGAGUACUUAUUCAUUUAUAAGUGAUUUCUUAUGGCUUUCAAAUCGUGAAAGCACAUUGCCCAUUGAAAAAAAUAAAGUGAGAUUUGUGGUUUACAAAAUUUUAGGAAAUUUUUUUUAUCAAAUCUGAGUUUUGUGGGUUUUUUGGUACCUUCACUUCCUGUCUAAUUGCAAAUUUUAGAAAGAUAUCAAACAGAAAAAGUGUUACAACUAUUAUUUCACAAUUGCUUCCAAUCCCUUCUGCAUACUCUGAAGGACUGCCAUGCUUCUUGGUUGGCUUAGUGUCAACAGUGCUUGUUGAGUGAGAGAAGUUUAUUUCGCUGUAAAAUGCACUUGUACAGAUGGGUAAUAAUGAUUUCCAAACAGAACAAUUUUCCGUUGAGUUUUGAAAGCGACCCUGGUUUGCUUUGGGUUUGCCUUACUUUAAUCUGUGAUUGGUCUAGAAAAAACUCACGCCACCAUCUCAACCAAUCAAAUACAAAAGUUAAACCAAUCCUAAUAUGAUCACUCUCGUUUUCCCGCGCUUCAAGCAGAUUGCUAGUUUUUACUUUAAGUUCUCAUUGGUUGAACAUGCCGUUAACAUUUGCUCUGAUUGUUAGUUGCUAUUACUUUGGCAAAUGUUCUUUAACACACAAUUGAAAACGGCUCUAAACUAUAAUUUUGAUGAAUUAGGCUCUGGAAAUUUUUUCUUUGAGACAAAAAUUAAUGCACAGUUAGUACAUUUUAAAAAAUAUAUAUUUAAUUUUAUUCCAAAUCCCGCCAGAGAAUGCUGAACAUAAGUAACUUUUUUUAAUAUAAAGAUUUAAAUUACAUACUUGAGGUUGACGAAUGAUGUAAUUGACUCAGAGGUAAGUGGAAGUAGCUGAUACAUCUCAAAUAAAUCUAACCAAAAUGAUAAAUAAAUUUUUUAGAAAAAUAUUUUCAACAAACACGAUGUGUGCUGGGAGAUAAAGCAUCAAGAAACUCUGAGGCCUGGAAAAGAUGCACUUUAAGUUCAGGUGAUUGCUUAAUUAAGAACAAUAAAUAAAUGAUAAAGAGUAAUAUGUAAGAAUACAGUACAAUUUUUCUUACAAUACUCGAUGAGGUUAAAUCAGAAUUUGAGUGUUCCAGUGCAAAGUUUCAGCUUUGUAUUUAAGUAAAAUGCCUGUAGGAUCAUUCAAAUUGAAUAUUAAACAUAAAAUGUAUGGUUGGUAGGUAAAGCUUAUCCCAGUUUCCAUAACAUGAGGUGACAAGGAGUGCUGCUACUCCCCCCUGGAUGGGAUGUCAGUCUAUUGUAAGGUUACCCAUUUAUACUCCUGGGUGCACACACAAUGUUUGGGUCACUGCCCAAAUGUUCAAAGAUCAAUUAGCACUAACCCAAGGUUAAAUUUUAAUCCAGGUUUGUUCAUUCCUUUGUUCAAAGCAUUUUUGGGAUAAUGUUCUCUAUUCUUUUUAGAGCAUCCAUUCAUCAGCUUGUAGCUAAACAAACUUGCAAUGAAUUUUCUUUUAAAGCUUUCAGAGCUGAAAUCCAAUUUCACACUAACCCUGGGUUAUCUUAACCCAGCUUUGAACGACCUGGCCUUGGUCUCCAACUCGGUAAUUAAAAAGCCAGCAUUUUUUACAAGCUAGAGAAUAAAGCUUUAAUGAUUAAAAUGAAGAUCUUCAAUUAGAAAUUUAUGACCUUAAAUGUUUUAUAAUUGAGAAGACUGAUCAAUUCACUGGCUAUUGAUCCGUGAAUUUGCAUCUACUGUUCCUCACAGAUACAGAUAGUUGAAGACCUCUACUGUUGCACUACGGUACUGUUGGAAUUAUUUUCCUCUAGAUCAUUGUUAAACUAAAACAUUGCACACCGCGAGUCAUGUAGAGAGGGUUAGAACUGGGAUUGUUUUAUGAAAAAACGCGUUAUUCUAUCGGUUGGGGCGUCGGACUCAGGGUUCAGGGGUCUGGACCUGGCAGGGUCUUUGUGUUGUGUUCUUGGCCGAGACACUUAACAAUCACAAAGUCUCUCUUCACUCAGGAGUACAAAUGGGUAGCAGUGAACUUGUAGGGGGGGCUGGGUGAACUUCUAAAGUGGCUGACUAAUCUGUGACAGAAAACAGGUGACUAACCAUUCAUUCCAUCCAUUUGCGACGAGCUUCAGCUGGAUGGGCUUCUUCCUAAAAGUACAGAUGUACCAUUUGGGAAAGGUGGUGGAGUGGGGUGGGGAGUUGUUACCUGGGAAAGGGGGUGGGGUGGGGUGGGAAGUUGUUACCUGGGAAAGGGGGUGGGGAGUUGGUGCCUAUUUAGGAGGCAAGGUGCCAACUGUUGCAUUCCUGUUGAAAUAGAAGAGAUAUUGACAUACACACAAAUCAAGAAUGCUGAAACUUUUGCGGUUGGACAAAGUUGUGUCGCUAAUUCUCCCUGUACACUUUCUACGAACCUUCAUUGACUUUAAAAAUUUUACAAACAGGUAGAAGUAACUUUAAACUUUCCUUGUGAUUUAAAGCAAGUAAGAAAUGAAAUCUAUGAUAAAAAUGCUCUAAAAGGCCUUAAAAACCAAACAGCCCUUAAAAACCAAACAGCCCUUAAAACAAGGUGGUGUUUUCAACAAUAAAGUAGAGUGAAUGUGUAUAAAUUUAAAACCCUAUCAUCUAACGAACAUUAGUGGUCGGGUGUAUUAGCUGAAGAAAAAUACAUUAAACUUAAGACCCAGUUGGCCAAUCUGAAUGACCCACAUGGCAAUUCAGGUGAAGUUUAGGUUUGAAGGUUAAAAUAGCCUUUUCCGGGAGAAGAGUGCACAAAAAAGACAGUCCGUCUUGGAGAAAGAAUACCUUUAUUUCUGUGGAGAAAAAAUGCUGAUCAAUCAAUCUGGUUAGUCAGUUGAUUACCACACUCUGGUGUCACACACUUUCCACCCAGUCGUUUGGUCUUCACCAAAUCCAAAAAUUCAAAGGGAUGCCAAUCGUUUUUUUAGAGGUAUCAUAUUAACCUUAAACUUAUAGCUAAAGUUUAAAAAAUUCAUCUACCUUUGAGCGAUGAAAAUGUGUAUAAUCUUUUUUUAAGCCAGGCAGAUCCCGCAGUCAGUAUGAUGGGUGAUAUAGAGAUCACUGGACGUUCCUUAAUGGAUAUAUCUCGUGUUACAUAAAAUCUUGUUUCUUUAAAUUUGCAGAUGUAGUGGGUCCAGGAAAGUUUGUAACAAUCAAACCCAUUCCUAUUGAAAAGCUGAGAGAAUACUGUGAAAUCAAUCAAGCUGAUGGCAACAAGGCAUUUAGAGAAGAGUUUGUGGUGAGUUAGUAGCUAAGGGUGAAUUUCUACAGAAGUCAUUUUUGCCAAUAGAUAAACGUCAUCCUCUGAGAAUGAUUGCUCAUCAUUACACUUGGUCGUCAGUUCUCUUCAAGGAUUUCGGUUUGAGCUCGAGGGGACAGACGAGAAAUUGGAGGUUGCGAGGUGGAAAAGAAGGGGUCUGAAGAGAGUAACAGAGGACUUCCUUUAACCCAGGCUCUUGCCGUUUUUCGCUCUCUUUUUUUUUCCUCAUUUUCAUUGACCAAGAGCUCGUCUCCGGCAGCUUAUUAACCUACUCGUUGGGUCAGACCCCACUUAUUGUUAUAAGGUGUACGCUGAAUCACAACUUCUGAUUUUUUUGUUGAUUUUCCAACUGCAGUCCAUCAGGGUACCAGGAAACUUCACAUGGGAGAGCAGCCAGAGACCAGAAAAUAAAGCCAAGAACAGAUACAAGAACAUUAUUCCAUGUAAG